CAUCCGCUGAUUGGUCCCACCCUACACCACUUCAUCUAUUUUUGAUACUUUUGCGCUCUCUGUCCUGCAGCAUAUACAGCCUCAUGCAGCGUCCAGUGCCUUGAACAUGGAAAUGUCCCGCUCACCAGCGCUUGCGCUUCGAGCAGCCGCUCACAUUUCUCCUCUUUUCCCCUUCCUAGUUUCUUCUUCUAUUCCCAUACUGUCCAUUAUACGCGUACACGCAAAUACUCACCGUCGCUUCCUCCUGCUGUCUUUAACCGCUGCCUUGACCCUUGUGUGACUCGUUUUCGUCUUUGUAUGACUUUGCGAUACACACGCUUCUGACCGUGCGACUGGUCUUCGAGAACAUGUCUUCCUCGACUGCUUCCUCUUCGGCCACUGCGAUACCGAGUCCAUUUUACUUCGCGCCUUCGCAAUACUGGGAUGGUAAUGAUGGCAGCUGGUCUUCAUUCAUGGUCCGCGUAGGAACCCCACCACAAGACUUCCGAGUCUUUCCCUCUACCUUUGGACAAGAGACACUCAUACCCGUUCCUGAAGGAUGUACCGAGGACGACCCUGCGAACUGUGGUAGCCUGCGAGGUGUAAUGCCAUUCCAAGGCGAUGUCAGUACUGGCUUCCAAACCAAUGCUUCGACGACCUGGAGCGAUAUUGGCAUCUACACGACAGAUCUUGAAACACAAAUUGGGAUCAAUGCGAAUGGCAUGUACGGCUUCGAUACAGUUGGUCUACAAGUGGAAAACUCGGGCGGUAUUGAGCAGACACAUCAGGUGGUUGCUGGUAUUGCCGAUAAGAGCUUCAUGUACGGCAUCAUGGGGCUGGGCCCACGGCCGUCAAACUUCUCAGUCCUGUCAGAUCCGCAACCGUCAUUCUUGACAUCGUUGCGGAAUAACAACACCAUACCUUCGAAAUCAUAUGCCUACACUGCAGGCGCUUCUUACCGAUACAGCAAAGUACUAGGCAGCCUCACCCUAGGCGGCUACGAUUCAUCACGCCUCUCCGCCAAUGGCACAAUCUUCCCUUUUGCUUCUGACGAUUCUAAACCACUCCAGGUUGGAGUAACCCAAAUCACCGCCCGCAACACUCUCCUCGGCAGCGCCACCCUAUACUCCACAGGCUAUUUCUCCCUCAUAGACAGUACAAUCCCACAUAUCUGGAUGCCUGUUGCAGCCUGCGACAAUUUCGCAACGAAUUUUGGUCUCAACUACGAUAAUCAAACCGACCUCUACCUAAUAAACGACACCAUGCACUCCAAACUAACCAACCUCAAUCCCGAGAUCAUAUUCAAACUCUCCCCUCAAACCACCGACGGAGGAGAAAGUGUAAACAUUGUACUCCCAUACGCAGCAUUCGCCCUUCAAGCCUCCUAUCCUUAUUAUCAAAACAGCACGCGCUAUUUCCCCAUCCGUAGGGCUGCAAACGACUCGCAAUAUAUCCUCGGCCGUACAUUUCUCCAAGAAGCAUAUCUGAUCGCCGAUUACGAACGCGCCAAUUUCACAAUCGCGCAAGCUGCUUUUGCAAACCCCAUGCCUGCCGAAAAACUCGUAUCGAUCUUACCUCCUGGAGUCAAAGCUACGAAUAGCACGGGCGGGGGCGGUGUGGUUACGAGACCGGAUGCGGUUCUCAGCAGAAACGUGAUCAUCGGUAUCGCGGUGGGUGUAGUCGCCGGUGCCGCCCUAGUCCUCUUCAUCUUCGCCACAGCCUUCUACAUCCGCCGCAGACGACGUCAACGCAUCACCGCCGCUUUACCUUUGCUUCCAUCCUCAGAGACCUCCUCUCCUCAACCGCCAAACUUCUCACCGCCUGCAGAAGUAGACGCGAGGCCGAAAUUGGAACUCCCUUCUGAUUCAGAAGCCGCGUUGAAUGAACUUCCCACCGGAGGAGAGAAAUAUGGGUGGGUGGGACCGCAGGAGGUACAGGGGAGUUUGGUUGAGAGGAGGGUGGAGAUGAGAGGGGGUUGGGAGCCGCCGGAGUUGGAUGGGAGGGGUGUGAAGGGUGCUGGUGGGGGAAGGAUGGUGUAUGAAUUGGAGGGGAGUGAGCCUGUGUUACCACAGCAGCAGCAGCAGAGGGGAAGGGAAGGACAAGGGCACCAGAGGGAAAGAGAGGAAGAAAGACCUAGGUUUUCUUGGGAACGGUGAUGAAGGUGUGUGUGUGUGUGUGUGUGUGUGUGUGAGAAGCAUUGUAUAAUUUCCACUUCGUAUAUAACUUCAAGUCCUAAAAACAUCUUAUACCCCC